UGAGAAAAGUUCCGAACAAACUUAUCAAAAGUGCCAAAAAAAAAAUAAUUGAUAAAAAAAAUCGCAAUCCUCUCGAAUUUGGUUGAUCAUUUUAUUCGCGCAAUUCUGUCAGUAGAGAGGCUCAUAUAUUGCUUAUUAAUUAAUGAACAAUUGUAUCCGUAUACAUGUAUAUCCGAUGCAUAAAUUACUGUUGUGCAUGAUUGCAAACAUAACAUCCGAAUCGUAAAUGCAAUUAGUGUGUGUUUUUUUUUGGAUAUUGACUAUCGUAAUGUAGUGUGGUUGCGAGAAUCAAAGGGAGGGGAUUCAAUUGAAAUGCUAUGUGUGUUGUAUUAAAAUAAGAAGUUCAAAGAAAGCUUAGAACGGAAUCAGGACAAAAAAAAAUCAUCAAAUGUAUGCUAAAAAUAACGUAAAACCAUUGUAUUGUAGCUGAAUCAACAGUGAAAUAAUAAAAAAAAACGACCGCAAAAGCCGUGAUUAAAGAUCCUGCAAUAUUGACACCACACACAUUUUUUAUUCAUACAUCAGCAAUAAUGCCGAGAAAUUGUAAAUGUCCACACUUGGAUAAUACCAUUUUGCAACUUUCUCUGUCGGAAUUAUGCAGACUCAAGCAGGGCGUGCCAUGUACACAAUGUGACGUUAGCGGACCAAAUCUAUGGAUAUGCCUAUCAAAAACUUGCCUGAAUAUUGGUUGUUCGGAAAAUUACAAUGAUCAUAGUACAAUCCAUUAUAAACAAAAUCCUAGUCACUGUAUUCACAUGAACCAAUCGUCACAACGAAUUUGGUGUUACAAAUGUGAAAUGGAAGUGUUCAUCAUCAAUCACGGUUACAGUGACAACAAACCAAAUCGACGACAAACUACAACCGACACCGACGAUCAUUUGAAUUCGGAAAUUUCACGUAUUGCAAUUAGAAACGAUUUUGGUUAUGUAAUGGCCAAUAGCGAAGGAAUCGAUAGCAGUGCAGAUGAUGAAGGCGAUAUAGAACCGAGCUACUAUGCACCAUCCAGUGGAUUGGUUGGUCUUAAAAACAUAGCCAAUACAUGUUACAUGAAUGCCGCACUUCAGGCUCUAUCAAAUACACCACCAUUAACCGGUUACUUUUUGGAAUGUGGUGAUGUUAUUGAAGCCAACUAUGAAAUUGCAGCGCCCACUAGCAGCCAACGCAAAACCGGACUGGCCAGAAGUUAUUAUCGCCUUGUUAAGGACAUGUGGCUGGAACACAAACGACAAAAUGGUUACGUUACACACGCAAGCAAAUUCGGUUAUGUGGUGCCAAAUGGUAUUUUAUAUGGUAUUCGAAAUGUACAUCCAAUGUUUCGUGGUUGUCAGCAGCAUGAUACACAAGAAUUUUUGAGAUGUUUUAUGGAUCAAUUACAUGAAGAGCUUAAAGAAGUGACACCACCACCACCGGAUCUUUUGCUAUCGAAUAAACAGAAUAACUCAUCGGCCAGCAUCUCAUCAACGUAUUUACAAUCGACCAGCAAUUAUGUGGGAAUGGGCUCAACAGACGAUGAUGAUCGUUCCGGUUGUUCGACACCGUCAUUUUCACAGUCGGAAGCUGAAUAUGAAACCUGUGAUAGUGGUGUAUCCGAACAGUCAAGCCUCUCCGAUGAAGUAACAAGUGUUCAUAAAUCAAUACCAAAUUCAAUUAAUUCAGCAAAAAUUCAAAUAAACCAAAUGCAAAUGCAAUCGACCAAUUCAUCAAAUUAUUCGCGCUCUCCUAGUCCAACAGCAAGCCAAAGAACAUUCAAAUCAACACAUUCGUCUAUAAAAAGUAAUCGGUCGAACUCAAUUACUAGUUUGAAUUCAUUGCAAACAACGUCGCAAUCACAACAGCAGCAACAACAACAGCAACAGCAGCAACAACAACAACAACAGUCUCAACAAGAACAAGAACCAUGUGAAAAGAACGAAUCAAAGUUACCACAUCGAUCAAUCAUCAGUGAUGUUUUCGAUGGAAAAUUAUUAUCAUCCGUGCAAUGUUUAACCUGUGAUCGCGUUUCGACGCGUGAAGAAACAUUCCAAGAUUUAUCAUUGCCAAUUCCAGGCAAAGACCAUUUGAACGUAUUACAUCAAAGUCAAAUAGUAUCACCAUUACCAGCAGGCCUUCCAGCCGAUGUUGCAUAUCAAGUAGGUCAAGAUGGUUGGUUCUGGUGGUUUUGGCAUUGGGUACGUUCAUUUUUCUGGGGACCAGCUGUCACCCUGCAUGAUUGUAUGUCAGCAUUCUUCAGUGCCGAUGAACUUAAGGGAGACAAUAUGUAUAGUUGUGAAAAGUGCAAUAAACUACGAAAUGGGAUGAAAUUUUCUCGUGUCUUGGAAUUACCUGAAAUGUUAUGUGUUCAUUUGAAGCGAUUUCGUCAUGAUUUAUCAUAUAGUUCAAAAAUAUCGAGUCCGGUUAAUUUUCCAUUGGUUGGAUUGGAUAUGCGGCCGUAUUUACAUAAGGAGUGCAAAUCAAAAGUUUCAACGUAUGAUUUAACGGCUGUCAUUUGUCAUCAUGGUACGGUUGGUGGUGGACACUAUACUAGUUUUGCAAAACACGAAAUAUCGGGCAAAUGGUUUGAAUUCGAUGAUCAACUUGUCAACGAGGUGUCACCAGAGGUUGUUCAAAAUUGCGAGGCAUAUGUUUUAUUCUAUCGUAAAAGUAAUCCACACAUACAAAUGAUUCGUGAAAUGGCAUUACAAAUUGAAGAGAGAAUCACCGAACAAACAUCUGGUAUUCGAUUUUUCGUAUCGCGUCAAUGGCUUAAUCGAUUUAAAACGUUUGCCGAGCCUGGACCAAUCGAUAAUUGGACAUUAUUGUGUCCUCACGGUGAUUUAUCACCACGCAAAGCUCAAAUGGCCGGUCAACUGGUUGUACCGUUGCCACAGGCACUUUGGGACUUUUUAUUCGAAAAAUUUGGCGGUGGUCCGGUGUGCAAUCAUUUGUUCGAGUGUGAUAUAUGUCGAACAGCUGCCGAUGCUUUAACCCGACGCCAAAAUUUUGAAUUAGAUGAAUUUUCUACAUACAAAGAUGAAAUAACAUCAACCAUUUACGCAAUUUCAAUGAAUUGGUUCCGACAAUGGCAAAUGUUUGUCGGUGGUGUUAGUGACGAGAUACCCGGUCCAAUAAAUAACACCGCAAUUGCUCUUCAAAACGAUGUGCAUGUAUCGCGUGGUGUAAAGCCGGGAUCAGACUAUGCCCAAAUCAAUUCAACGCUUUGGAAAUUCUUUUAUAAUAUUUAUGGUGGUGGUCCUGAAAUAAUUUUGAGAGGAAAUCCGGAAGAAAUCUUGCGACAACCAACUGUUCAGCCAACAACACCAAAUUUAAAUAAUAGAGAACGUCAAGAACGGAACUCAAUUGAUUUAUCGACAGAUGCUCAAGUGAACGCCACAAAUAUUGUCAAAGAAGAAACAAUAAAUUCAGUACCUGUACAACCACAACAUGUAUCGUCAACAGAUGCAAAAAAUACAACAAACGAUUCGGACGCAGCAAAAUCGACCAUACAAUUGAAUGGCAUCGAUAGAAUAAAUGGCCCAGAUCCAAUACAUUCUGCGAUAAAUAAAAAAGUUGCGAAAAAUGUCUCGUUCGAAGAUAAUGACAGCAAUUCAAGUGAUCGAGAAGGUUCAAGCUUAUUUGAACAAAGCUUCUUUUAUAUACGACGUGGUAAACAUCAUUCAAAUUCCAACGAAAUUCUAAGCAAGAAAGAUCGACGAUUGCGUAGCAUAAAAUCAAAUGGAUUUUUCGGACCUGAAGGUAAAUAUUCAUCGAACAGUUUUCCAGAGGACAACAGCAAUGGAGGUCAAAAUGCCUCCUCAACCAUUGAUGCCAAUAAAAAACUAGACGAAAUAACACCGUUGCUACAUCAAGCUAGCAUAAGUUCAACAAACCCGGUUGAACAUGAUGACGAAACAAAUAACAACAAUAACAAUCGCAAUGGCGCUCACAAAAGCAGCUAUCGCAAACGUGUUAAGACGAAAUUAAGCCGAAAAACUGCCUGACGACAUGAUAAACAAUGAAACAAAAAGAAAAUUGUAUUGUUUGAUGUACCACCUUCAAUGUAAUUUUAAUUAUUUAAUUCACUAAUUUCCUGAGCAUGAGCAUGAGGAAGGCAAUGUUUCAUCAAUUUAAAAUAUUUUGAAUAUUAAAAUACAUAUUUUCAAAACA